AUGGCGUUACGCCGCGCCAUCCCCCACGGCUUUUCUGCCAACCGCUCGUCGCGGCGCGUGGCAAAGGCCGAUUCGUCCUCCGAUGCAGUAACCCCUGCGGGCCGCGCACGAGAGCUCGUCGAAGCGCUGUCGUCAACGACGGGUCUAUCGCUCAACGUCGCAAGCCUGUCGCAGCUGAAGCGACUCGUGCGAUACGACGACGAAUGCAUGCGCGCCGCAUUCGACGCUAUCAUGACGCGCCUCGAGAAUAAGCACGCGCAGAUCCGCCUUUUGCUGCUCCUCGUUAUAGACUACCUCUUUAUGCGCUCGCGGCUUUUCCGCCGCCUGCUCCUCCCCGCGCAUCUCCUCCCCUUCCUCCGCCUCACACUCGGCAUCCACCCCGCCUCCCCCCUUCCCCCGCCUGCCGCCCGCGCUUCCAUCCUCCGCACGCGCACACUUGAGUGCCUACAGGCCUGGGCGGCAGCUUUUGGCGCUUCCUACCCGUCCCUGGGCAUGGCUUUGCGCUACUUGGUGGGGACGCUCAAGCUCCCCCUGCCGCAGGGGGGAACCGCGGGGGGGCGUGCGGGGAGGCGGGCCGCGGGGGUGGAGAGCGCGCGGGAGAGGCAGCGGCGGGAGAGGGCCGCGCGGGUGCACGCGGGACAGCUGGCACGAUACGAACGGGCGCAGGCGGAGUGGGGGGAGUUGGGGGAGGGGAUGAGGGGAGCUGUGCGGGAAUUGGAGGAGGGGGUCAGGGCGCUGGAAGGGGGAGAGGCGGAAGGAGAAGGGAGAGAGAGAGGGGAAGGCGGAGGGAAAGGAGGAGAAGACAGGGAAGAUAAGACGAAAGGAGGUAGCGGGGAAGCAGCGGGAGCAGGAGCAAGAGGAGGAGGAGGAGGAGGAGGAGGAGGAGGAGGAGGAGGAGGAGGAGGAGGAGGAGCAGGAGGAGAAGAAGAAGAAUGGUUGGAGCAGGACCCUUUAUCUGACACCUACUGUGAGCCAUUCGGACGCGCGGAGCUGCGUGUGCUCUCCCAUGGCUCACACGCACAUGUACGCCUUGCCCACCACCUCUCCACAGCACACGCCCAGGCAGGACAGGUGGGGGAGGCGGAGCGGGCAGGACAGGCGGAGGAGGCGGGGGAGGCAGCACAUGCGGGGCGGGAAGGAGGAGGUGUGGAUCGUGGUCUUAUACAGUCUCUGUGCGCCCUGGCAGCAGUGGUGCAGGGGCGGUAUCUGAGUGUGAGCGGCGCGUGGGUGCAUGCGUUGACCAGGGUUGACCCGCUUGACCCGGCGUGCAGGGACGAGAUGUUGAGAGAGGUCAUUGGGCUGAGGGCGCAGAUGAAGGGUGUUCUGGAGCGGUGCAGAGCGGUUGGGUUGACGUGGGAGGUGAAGGGGGAGGGAGGCGGGGAUGGAGAGGAAGAAGGAGAGGAGGAGGGGAAGGGAGCGGGUGCAGGGAGCGGCGAAGAGGAGGUGGAGUGGGAGGAUGGUGGCGGUGGUGAGGAUGGUGGCGGUGGUGAGGAUAAACUUGCUAGAGCCAUGGAAGAGAGGAGUGGUGAAGAUAUGGGCGUUCUGAACCAAGAGCAGCAGCAGCAGGUGGAUAUUGAAAGGAGUUGUGGUGAAGGACAGAACCUCGCACAUGAGCGCGUGCGCGAGCUCAUGGGCCUGCAGGUCUGCUACUAUGAGCCUCCUAAGGGGGUGCGGGGGAGUGCGGGGAGGAGGGUGGGGAUGGGGAGGGAGAGGGGGAAGGAGGAGGGGGAUAGGAGAGGAGGGGAGAGGGAGGAAAAGGGGGGGAGGGAGGGGAAGGAGGAGAGGGAGGGGAAGGAGGAGAGGGAGGGGAAGGAGGAGAGGGAGGGGAAGGAGGAGAGGGAGGGGAAGGAGGGGAGGGAAGGGGGUUGUCCAGGCGAGGAGAGGAUGUUGUGCAGCGGAGUGAAACGACAGAGGGAGGGAGAUGACGGGGGAAGGUCUGAUGGUGGGGAUGGUGGGGAUGAUGGUGGGGACGUUGAGGGAGAGGAGUUGGAAGUGAGGGAGGUGGCGAGUGGGCCAUUGGGUGGGGUACAGGCUGGGGCAGUCAGUGGGGAGAGUGGCGACGGUGGACGUGCACGCAGGGCUGGUGGAGAGAGUGAGGAGGGGGCGAAUGGGACAACGGGUGAGAAAGUGGGAGGGAUUUCACACAGAGGGUUGAGCGCAGGUGGGGUAGGGGGGGCAGAUGGGGUGGAGUGGGAGGCGUGGCAGAGACAGGUGGGAAGGCAGGCAGUCCGCAAUGUGAGGCGCAGGGAGAGGCAGGGGUGGAGGCACGGGGGAGGUGGGAAGUGGGAUGGGGAUGUUGGGCUGGGGCUGGAUGGAACCGGUGCUGCUGCUGCUGGUCCUAUUGUUGCUGCUGUAUCUGGUGCUGUUGCUGGUGCUUGUGCUGCUGCUGCUGCUGGUAGUGGGGACAGGGAAAAGCAAGGCACAGGGGCGGAAGGGAGCAAAGAGGGCAUGCAGGAGGAGAGAAGGAGCAGCAGAGAGCUGGGGUCUCUGGAUUGGUACGGAGGGGAUAGGGGAGGCGAGAGAGGGCGCGAGAGAGGAGGCGAGAGAGCAGUGCAAGGAGGGCACGGGAGUAGCGUCGUGAGUGAGAGAGCCAGUGCGGCCAGUGGGGGUGGCGCAGAUGGUUCCAGGAGGUUGGGGGUGGAGAGGCGCGGGUUGGUGCUGCGAGUGGCAGCUAGCCUGAAGCAGCGAGCUGCUCUGCUGGGGAAGGAGGAUGCACAGAAGUUGACUUGCUCGGGUGGUUCUGCUAUGCAGCAUGGGCAGGCUGGGUUGGGUGGUGCAGCAGGGGAAGAGGAGCAGGGCGGUGCGGUCGGGGUGGCACGGGGUGGUGGUGGUGCUGCUGGGGGUGAGGGGCAGUGGAGGGGGGCGCGGGUGGGCCGAGGGGAACAGGGGGGGGGGGGCAGGGGCGGGGAGAGAGGUGGGGUGGGUGCACGUAUCCGCGCUCACAACGACGCGGUGUUGAUGGCUGCAGAGGUGCGCGGUAAGGGAGGGGAGGUGGUGAGUGGGGAGAGGGGAGGAGGAGGUGGUGAGGAAGGUGCAUGUGAUGGUAGGCCUGGGAACGAGCAGAGGGGAGUGUUGAGUGGGGGAGGUAUUGGGAUCGUCAUGGGUCUUAAUGGUGGUGGUGGUGGUGGUUUCGCUGUUGGCGAGAGUGAUGGUUACAGUGAAGGAGCAGGGGCGGGUGGUUGGGGAAGGGAAGAGGGAGUGGGAGUGGGGGGAGUGGGGGGAGAGGGGGGAGAGACGUUAGCAGGUAUGCUGAAGAGGAAGGAGGGUGUAAGGGAGAGGCUGGGCAGGAGGUUGUUGAGGGGCAGGGGCAGGGCAGCAGCGGUGGAGCAGAUGGAGAGGGAGGAGCAGCAGAGGACCAGAGAGGCGCGGGUGAACCAGUGGUGA